AUGCAAUUGAGAGAUGCUCAGACAGGGUCAAAUUGGUUUGGUCUUGAACUUCUAAAAGCCGGAAAAAAUUGUGUCCCAGAGAAAUUCUUCUUCGAUAGGAUUAACAAGUACUCGUCCAAAGUAUUUACGACUUCGUUCCUUGGUGAAGUAAUUACCUGUUUUUGUAGUGCACCUGGUAACAAAUUUUUGUUCUUAAAUCACUAUAAAUAUGUCGAAUUUUCGAUACCACCAACAAUGAUGAAGAUCUUUCCUUAUAGUAAUCCAGAAGAUAGUAGAGUAGUUCGACAACUGACUCUGUCACUAGACUUACCGAGAUUUAUUGGUAUUGUUGAUUCGAUGACAAGGAAACAUUUCGAGGUAUGUUGGGAUAAUAAGAACGAGAACGAGGCAAUCACUGUGUACCCUAUAGUGAAGAAUCACCUCUUUGCAGUAGCAUGUAAACUGUUUAUAGGCAUAGAAAAUGAUCCAGCUCGUAUUGACAGGUUACUCAAGGAAUUUAUAACUGUUAUUAAUGGAUUUGUUGCACUCCAAAUAAAUUUUCCUGGAACGAAACUCAAUCGUGCAGUUAAAGCUGCAACGUUAAUGCGAAAGGAAAUCGUUUCAAUAAUCGAAAAGAGGAAAGCUGUUAAUUUGCAGCCCCUUCUUGAACAAGAUGAUGUAUUAUCACAUAUGAUCCCAAUCACAAAGUAUCUCGCGGAGCUUCCGGAUAUCUAUGAUGCAGUCAGAAGCGAACAAAUGAGAAUCGCUAAGGCGAAAGGACCAGGAAAGUUGCUGAACUUGGCUGACCUUCAAAAGAUGAAGUACUCGUGGAACGUGGCCUGUGAAGCAUUGAGACUCGCACCUCCAGCUCACUCUUCUUUCAGAACAGCAAUUACUGACUUUACUUAUGCUGGAUAUUUCAUUCCAAAGGGAAGGAAGAUAUGUAUGAGUAUAAUGUCGACACAUAAGGAUCCUGAAUGCUUCACAAAUCCAGAAAAAUUUGAUCCUUCGAGGUUCGAAGGCACUGGACCUGCUCCGUAUUCAUAUGUGCCUUUUGGAGGAGGACCUCAUAACUGUCCCGGCAAACAAUAUGCUAAAAUGACAAUGCUUGUUUUCAUGCAUCAUUGGGUGACAAAAUAUAAAUGGAGGACUUUGUUAUCUGAUCCUGAUGAUGUCGGGAAGUUAAUAUUCAACCCAUUUCCAUUGCCAAAGAAUGGGCUUCCUAUUCUCCUUCAACCAAAUGCUCAGGAAAUAAUAACUUAA